UCCCUUUUUUUUUUACUUCGUCUCAUCUCUUCCUUACACUCACACACACGCUGACAUUUAAACUGUGGCUGUCAACGGCAAGUUGUCUCUACCAGAACAAAAAAAUCCGACAGUGCAGUACACAGAGAAUAACCAUUGCAUUUUGUAGUUACUGUAUUGGCUGAUGGUUAUCUAGUGAGAGUACCAUGUGGGACUGUUAGUGGCUUGGCUGCAUGUCAGGAGCUCUGAGGAGUCUCUUCUGAAGCUCGUCUUCUGACCCUCCUGGACUGAACUCUGCCAAAACCUGAGACACAUCUGGAAUGUGUCUGAAACUCUUCACCCACAGGACAGCUUUCUUUUACAAUCAAGGCGCACCUCUUACCCAAAAAACAUCAGGUGAGGUGAAUUUCUAACCAGCAAAGUGACAGAAAACUAAAGGAACAAUGAACAUCACAGUCCCAACAUCAGCCACAAAUGCGUCUACAGUGUGUGUUAACAUCGAAGACAGUGCCAUCAGUGACUUCCUGAUGUCCGUUUACAUUCUGUCUUUCAUUUUUGGUUUGAUCUUCAAUGUGCUGACCUUGAGACCCAUUUGGCAUCAAAUGCGUCGGCAAAAUGUUUUGGGCAUCUUCCUGCUUAAUCUCUCUAUCUCUGACAUUCUUUUCCUCCUCACUAUGCCCCUUUGGAUCAAUUAUUACCUAAAGAACCACCACUGGGAGCUAGGUGUCAUUACCUGCAGUAUAGCUGGCUUUUUCUACUACUCCAACAUGUACAUCAGCAUCUACCUGCUCUGCUCCAUCUCCGUGGACCGCUGCCUGGUGGUCAUUGACCCAUUGCGCUCCAAGACCUACCGUACAUCACGCUAUGCUUGGGCACAGUGUUUUGGUGUUUAUAUUGUAGUGAUUGUGAUGCACAUCAUGGUACUGGUCCAUGACAAUCUCAAAGAUGCCCAUGAUGACAUUAACAAGAAUGACCGUUGUUAUGAGACUUACCCCAUGGAGAGACCUGUCGCCCUAUUCAACCUGCUCAGAGUGUGCCUCGGCUUCCUGCUGCCCCUGCUGGUGUUGGCGGUGAGCUACUGGAGGGUACUGGCCACUGUGGGUCAGAGUCCUGGCCUGAGUGCUCAGGCUAAGCGGAAGGUCCGCCUGCUGUCCUUUGGGGUGAUUGGGAUCUUCUCAAUUUGUUUUGCUCCAUAUCACAUUCUCCUGCUCACACGCUCACUCGUCUUCUACUACAGCAACAAAGAAAGUUACUGCCAGUUUGAACAAAAUAUGCACUUUCUCUUCUCAUGUACGUUGGCAUUGUCCAGUCUGAACAGCGUGGUGGACCCUGUGUUAUAUGUGCUGGUCAGUAACAGCGUCCGGGAGGAGGUGAAACUGUGCUGGAGAAGGUACAGAGGGAAACAGACAGAUACAGACUGUGCUCUUACUGCAUACAACAGAGGGAAGCAGAAUACUAAUUUAAUAUGAAAAGUAAGCUAUAUGUGGGUGGACAAGUCCACCUGUGCAUUUGUAUGCAUAUGUGUGUGUGUGUGUGUGUGUGUGUGUGUGUGUGUGCAUAUAUAUACACAAUUAUGCAUAAUGCUGUAGCUGUUUGAAUGUCUUCAUUUUUGGAGUUAGCCAGUAAGUAGCAGGAUUAUUUACAUCCCAUAAUCAACCCUUUGUUUACAGACAAUCAACAUCCUUUGAGAGAGCCACAUUGCCUUUGUUUCUUAUUUCCUUUUUUUCUUCAUCCUGCACAAUGUAGCAGAGGCAGUUGAAUAACAUGCAUCUCAGAGCUCUGUAAUUGGAUUGCACUCCCAGGUUCUGCUCUCCCAAGAGUUCUUCAGUGGCGGCCACUUCUGGUUUGUGGUUGGACACUGCCUGAGUUGAAGAGCCCUUGUGUUUCCCCUCCAAUCUAUACAAGAAUAUUGUGAUAGUGAAUAUGUGGCCUUGCUAUAACUGAAAGUGCAUUUACUCUAAAGCAUGCCAAAAAGCAUUUAUUAGCAUGACCGUGUGUCCUAAGUGUCUGGCCGUCAGUGAAACAUGUUGAAUGUAAAUGAACCAUCAUAUAAACCAGUGGUUUGAACAGGUGCUCUAGUUUUAGGUUGUUUGGUUUAUGUGAGGAUCAAUUUUGCAGUUGGUAUUUUAUGCAUUCCCACAGCGAGAGAAGGCCUUGGGAGAUGAUAAGAGAGUUUUAUUCCCAGAGUUGUUUUAAAAAAUGUUUCACAAUGUCUCAAAUGAUGUGAGCAAAAGUUAAUAAACUUAGUGUACAUCUAAUCCUCUACAGACAGGCAAGCAGACAGGGGAAGAAUGGGAGAAAAAGGGAAGAGGAGAAUAGGAAAAAUGAAUCAACAACAUUAAGGCUGCUGUUGCUUUGUUUUACAUUUUGUCCAUUAUUCAUACAGUGUGUCUUUAAUGCAUCAAUAGAGCUCUUUGUAGGGCACAUCGAUAAAUCACCAGUUGAGCACUUGACAUAUAACCAGUAUGAAUCCUGAGGACAUCAAGGUUUGUACAACCAGUUCUCUUUCUUUAAAAGCCUAUAGUGCUGAGUCCUUGAUCUAUAUAUGGUAUAUAGCAAUGCUGUCUCCUGAACACGAGCUCAUAUAAAAUGUUUUGCCUAAUGUGCUUAAAUCGAAAUGUAAUUGCUGCCUGGAUUAUGUUCCCUGGCAAUGUUUUUCCCAGUCCAUGAUGGGUGGAUAUUGUAGAGAAAGCAACAAGAUAGGUUGUUUGUGAACAUUUAGCUGAUAUGUUUAUUUGUUUUUUGUUGUUUUUUUUUUGCAGAUACCCUCAUUAAAAUGUUCAUUAAUUUAAAAACACUGUAUUUGCUUUUGGAAAAUUUCGUUGUACAUGUUUUGUUGGCAGAUAAGGCACACAAGUUCAUUGUUGCUUCAGUACUUGAAGGAUACAGCUGAUGAGAUAUUUUCAACAAAUCCCAUAAAAAGACCAAAAGUAUUAUUACUAUUAUUGAUGAAUUGAUCCUACCUACGUCUGUGCAGUCGAAGCUUCAUAUAGCUUAUUCCUCUGCGCCAUAGACCUCUAGUCGUCCAAAAGCUAUUAAAAAAACAUCAGUAAGCCACACAAUUGCACACACAUUCCCCCGUUAUGAUGAACAGGGACACUGUAAUUUAUUAACUUGUCCUGCUGUUGUAAACACUCACUGGAAAACUAGUGUUAGUCCCUGGAUGAAAAUAGUCCCAAUAAUAAAAGCUAGUGUUGAAUUGUUUUUGGAAAGGAUUAGCAUUUUAAAAAAAUAAAAUGUUUAUUUCAUUAUACGUACCUUUCUAGAUUUGCUGUGCUCUACGACAGUGUUGAGGUCAUGUGCAUAGACAUUUCACAGCAUGAAAUCAAUAAACUAAAUGAUUACAAUCUCA